CGCGGAGCCGACGCCCACGAUUCUCGCAUCUUCACCGCACUCGACUUCGUCGCAUCUCAUGGUGGGCAGCGACUUUAUGAUGGCCGGCGGCCUGCCGCUCGGGUCACCGUUUCCGCUGCGGUCGAGCUACUUUGAGAGCAGCUCCAGCAAAGGCCGGCUCUCGGCCACCCAAACCGCCAUGUACGAAGCCGAGGCGACGCGCCACCUUGACAUUGCGCUCGCCAACUUGUACGUUGAGCGCGAAAGCACCGAGUCGCGCCACCGGUCGCAGAGCCACCCGCACCUGCCGCGGCCCUUUCGGCACGAAGUGGACGCGCAGGGCUACUCGGUCUACGAGCGCGACGACUCGGUGGUGCGCAUGAAGAAGAAGACGACGAAAGGCGGGUCCAGCGAAAUCAAGUUCACGUGCCGCACCGACAUUGAAGGCGGCCCGCUCGAGAUGAUGGAACUCAUGUACGCCGACGACACGGACUCGCUCCGGCGCUGGGGCCAAAUCUACUUUCCGAGCAUGUUUGUCGACGGCGUCAUGCUGCACGUGCUCAAGCACAGCGACGACGACGACCCGCUGCGCUUCUGCCGCUUCUCGAGUCUCUGCUGGAUGGCGUGGAACACACCGGUACGGUCCGCGAGCCGCCGCGACACGUGCGUGCUCAAGACGACGGGCGCUACGAUGGACAGCGACGGCAACCAGCUCUUCUACAUUCUCUGCAACUCGGUCGACGUGCCCAACUGCCCGCUCCUCGAGAAGCCGUUCGACCUCGUCCGCGCCCACAUCCAAGUCGCCGUUUUCUUUCAGACGUCGCCCACGAAUGGCACGCGCAUGACGACCAUCGGCGUCAUUGAUCCGCAAGGCAGCCUCAGCUUCCCGUCCCGGGCCGUCGAAGCCUUCUCGACCAACCUCCUCAACUCGAUGCACCAGCUCUCGAUCCACCUCGAGUCGUAUCGGAUCUCGCGCCGACCGCUCUGCGACCGUGUCCAAUGGGUCCCCGACAGUGAGCGAAAAGAGUGCUACGCGUGCCACCACUCGUUCGGGCUCUUCCGCGCCCGCCACCACUGCCGAGCGUGCGGCGAGGUCAUGUGCAAGAAGUGCAUGGUGCUGCGCCCGAUCUACGGCACGGAGCUGCUCGAGAUCACCCACCACCACGCGGUCAUUGAAAAGUUCUGCAAGCCGUGCGUGCUCUACGCGCGGUCGUCGACAGCGUCGUCGUCGCAGUGCUCGUCGUCGUCCAAGCGCGCACCCAACGGCACCAACUUGAGCGACUGCUCGACGUACCGGGACUCGAACAACCGACUCUCGUUCUUCUCGCUCGAGACGGAACCGACCUCGGGCGAGUCGCGCUCGAGCACCAACCGCCGCAAGAACCUCACGUCGCCGAGCGAGGACGAAGAGUUCCCCGCCGCGUCGUCGCCGCAGCCCUUCACUGACGCCAACGGCCACAAGACCGCGUACGACCACGGCGCCAAGAUGGACUCCAACACGAUGGCCCACGAGCUGUGGAAGAUGUCGGUCAAGGCGCGCCGCGUCGCCCACGAGACGGCGACGCUGACCAAAGCGACCAUGUCGGCGGCCAACUCGCGCAAUGGCACGCCAGUCGGCACGCCCCGCGCCGAGAUCCGCGACAGCUUUCGCAAGAUGGACCAGACGCUGGCCGAGCAGGCGUUCCUCUUGGAUGCGAUCGAUCGGGCGGCGCGGUCGCGCUACAGCCUCUCGUCGCCUCGGCACGCGGACGACGCGCCGCUGCGCGAGAGCCCGUUUGUGGAAGAAGUCGUCUAACGCAAUCCACCUCUUAUCUAACUAGACUAGACACACAAGUUUAUUGUAAGAAAUAAUUGAACCCCACGCG